GCGGAGCUGGGCGUGGCAGGAAGGCGGCGCGGCAGGAGUGCGUCGUGUACGCGCGGCGGCGAGACACGCACGCCUUCCGAGCCCUUUGCCGCGCCGUCUCCUCCAUCUCUCGCGGAGCCGACGGCAGCGGAGGCGGCGAGUGCGGCGCGCGCCGCCGGGCUGGCCCGUGGAGCCAAGAGCCUCCUGGCCCGCUCGUCGACAGAGUCAGCGGCUUCGAGACGGUCCUCCUCGCCACGGCGCGCCCACGGGAAGUUGGGCCGAGGCUGCAGCGCUCCGGGGCAGGCCGAUUCGGCCGAGGCGGCGGAGGAGGCGGCGGCGGAGGGGGCGGUGGCGGGGGCGGGGGGAGCGGCGGCGGCGGCGGCGGCGGCCGUGGCGGCGGGCUGCGGCGGCUUCUGCGAGGGCUGGGGGCGUGGCGUGGGGUGUGGCGGCGGGUGCGGGGCGGGGGAGGUCUCGAGGCAAGCGCGCGGCGAGGGCGGGGAGGAGGAGGCCUCGAGACCGCGCGCGUGGAGAUGGACCGGCGGCGGCGGCGGAUGGACGCGUCGGUUCUCCUCGGAGAAGUUGUUGCGCCCGCGGGCGGCGGCGACGGCGGCGAUGAGGGUCUGCGUGUCCGCCUUCUCUCUCCAGGGGCCAGGGCGCCGCCUGCAUGGCGAGCACGUCGCCGUCGCGCACGGUCACAGCGUGGCCACGCUAACCGGCACGGGCAUGCUCGGGCUGGAGAUUGAGGAGGAGCCUUCCCUGAACCGUCUCGCAGCCUUCCCUACAGGCAUGGGUAUGCUCGAGCUCGAGAUCGACGGCGUCGCCUCCUCCUCCUUCACGCUGCCGUCGCCCGGCCUUUGCGUCGCCGCCUCCUCCUUCACGCUGCCGUCGCCCGGCCUUUGCGUCGCCGCCUCCUCCUUCACGCUGCUCGCCCACGGAGCCGCGCCGCAGACCGCGGCAGAGCGCUCGCGGCUCGCGGCGGCAGGCUGUUGA